AUGAUUGAGCUGAAUGUUGAAAAUCAACCAAACCUAAGCAAACAAGAACCAGUAACAAAAUCCCAAUCAUCAUCAUUAAAUUCCAUGGCAUUAUUCUGGGAUAUAGAAAACGUCCGUGUACCAAAAGGCAAAACAGCUGAAGUUCUAACACAAAUUGUUAGGAGUACAUUUUCUAAUGGGUAUAAUGAAAUUGAAUUUGUUGUUGUGUGCGAUGUCACGAAAGAAACUGAAAAAGACAUUAAAGAUUUAAUUAAAUCAAAGGUCAAGUUGAUCCAUAUUUCAUCAACAUCUAAAAACGCAGCUUAUGAAAAAUUAAAACAAUCAGUGCGUAGAUUCGCUGAUAUUCACGGUAAUACAGCAACAGUCGCAUUAAUAUCAAGUGAUAUUAAUUUUGCUCCUGAUCUUAGUGAUCUUCGACAUAGGAAAAAAAUGUAUGUAAUAUUAUUGCAUAACAAUCAUCCAUCAAAAGCACUCAUUUCAUGUGCCAAUGAACAUCAUAACUUGAUCAAGCUUAUGAAACGAACAAGUGAAUCAGCCAAGGUUCUUAAACCUCAGAAAAACUUUUCAAUUAACAAUCAUCCAAUUAAACGACCAACAAAAUCAGAAUCAUCAUCAUCAUUAACUCCCAUUGGCAUAUACUAG